GAGGUAUUUUCAACUGUGUCUUAAAUGUUUCCUUUUCGUCAAAGUCAGUUUUUAAAAAACAGGAAUACAGGAAUGUAAUUCCGCUGGGGAUUAGUGAGAGGAAUCGCGCUCAUCACGGCGCAUGUCUGUCUAUAAACUCGUCCAGAAUCGCUCGAGGGGGUCUGAUUCAGUGCUCAACAGUUGGGACAGGACUCUGACGCACUACAGUACCGCGAGGAAGUUUUGAGUGUAGUAAUUAAUGUGCAGGGUCUCACGUGUUUGACCUCUGAGUAUAAUUAUAACUGAUGUUAGCUUUAAAUCAGUACAUGUGCGACAUUGAUAAAUUAAAACAUAUAGCUGUUUUGCAGUAGUGCAGUCUUCGUUUUCGAGGCACCAAGAAAAUAUUAACAAGGCUGUCACGGAGCUCGCCAGGGACAUGGGUCAGCUUUGCGCUGCAACACUCUUACCAUUUGGUGCCAUCUGCGUUGUUUUUAUUUGGGAUUGUGGUGCCAGCUCUUCAAUAAAAACAAGAUUUGCAGUGCUCACUUCAGGGGAGGAGUGUCCAGAAAACAAGGUAGUGACAGUGGAGUACCCCUGUAUUACAGCAAGGGGCACGGAUGGCACCUGUCUCAGGAGGAAAUGCUGUGAGGGCUUCAGGUUCGUGAUGGGCCAGUGCAUACCUGAAAAUGUGGAUGUGUGUUCUGGCUCCCCCUGUGAACAGCAGUGCACCGACAACUUUGGACGGGUUGUCUGCACCUGUUACCCCGGAUACCGCUUUGAUCGAGAGAGGCAUCGCAACCACCAGACCUACUGUUUAGACAUCGAUGAGUGUGUGGAGUCCGACGGCAGUGUCUGUGAUCAUGACUGCGAGAACACCGUGGGCAGCUUCCUGUGUCGCUGUCACAGGGGUUACAUCCUGGCACCGGACAAGCACUCCUGUAUACCCAGUCACAACCUGAGCUCGUCAGGGAAGUCUGACACCCUGAUGAGUGCUGGCUCCUGCUCCCUCACCUGUCAGGACUUUGUCAACAUGAGGAACAGCCUGCUGCAGCUCAAACUGAGGCUGGGCAGCACUCAGUCACCUAACCAGAUGUUGUCUCCUGGCCUGGCUAACAGCAGUGAUAAGCCAUCUGCUGGGAGGUUGGGGAAAGGUCCUGACACCCCCGCCCUCCCUGGUCCUCCUGGCUCUCCAGGAUCCCGUGGGGUCCCAGGCCAAUCAGGAGUGCCAGGGGAUAAGGGAGAACCUGGAGAGAGAGGCCUGACCGGCCCCCAGGGGCCACGGGGAGACAUGGGCCCUAUGGGCCCCGAGCCUGACCUGGAGCACAUCAAGAGGGGUCGCAGAGGAGCUGUGGGACCUCCUGGCGCACCAGGCAAAGAUGGACUGAAGGGUGACAGGGGAACUCCUGGUCCCAGAGGUCUACCAGGACCUCCCGGCUCCUUCGACUUCCUCCUGGUCAUGAUGGCCGACAUUCGCAUUGACAUCAUCGAGCUGCAGGAGCAAGUGUUUGGGAAGAGACGGGGCCUCUCCUUAGACACCCCACCCCACUCCAGCGGAGAGACAGGGUUCGGAGAGUGGGGCUCCGGACAAGGAGAGCUCAUGCUCAAUACCUGAACUCCAUAGCCCUUCCCACGGACUACCUGGCCUGAUGACUCCUUACUGUCCCCAUUCCACCUAGCCGUGCUGCUGCUCCAGUUUCAACUGUUCUGCCUGUGACUAUGGAACCCUGACCUGUUUACCGGACGUGCUACCUGUCACAGACCUGCUGUUUUCAACUCUCUAGAGACAGCAGGAGCGGUAGAGAUACUCUGAAUGAUCGGCUAUGAAAAGCCAACUGACAUUUGCUCCUGAGCUGCUGACCCAUUGCACCCUCGACAACCACUGUGAUUAUUAUUAUUUCAUCUUUGAAUGUCUUGGCCAUGUUCUGUUAUUAUCUCCACCUGGAACAGCCAGAUGAGGACUGGCCACCCCUCAUAGCCUGGUUCCCCUCUAGGUUUCUUCCUAGGUUUUGGCCUUUCUAGGCAGUUUUUCCUAGCCACCGUGCUUCUACACCUGCAUUGCUUGCUGUUUGUGGUUUUAUGCUGGGUUUCUGUACAGCACUUUGAGAUAUCAGCUGAUGUAAGAAGGGCUUUAUAAAUACAUUUGAAGUACUGCCCUAAUGGUUUACAGUACUCCAUAGAAUUGGUAAUAACAAGUGGUAAUAACACAGUAAUAACAUGGUAAUAAAACACAGUAAUACCAUAGUAUAAACAGUUAUAAUAUGUUAAUAAAUAAGUGUUGUGUGCUUUGGCAUUGCGUGCAUGAACAAUGGUGAUAUUGUCACUCUCUCCUGACUGUUCAUGCAUGUUUUAUUUUCCUGAGACUUCAAAGAAGACACUUCCAAUCCUCUGGUAGCACAGACUGUUCUGUCUGUUCUGUCAGACUAGAAUAAAAUACUGAGAGAUGAGUGCACCAA